AUGGUAUCAGAGGCUACCAAUUCAAAGCCAAAAGAUGGAACUCCUCAGAGGUCUCCCUCUGUAAACGCUUUGAAACUAUUGGGUAAGAAGAUAUUACAUGCAAGUAGCCACGUAGAAAACGUACCUUCAGGAGUUAUUGAAAAUAGUCGUUUACAUAGUGGAAACUCUAUUUCACCAUUGAGGCAUAGGAAGACUUCUCCUAGUCAGGGAACGGUGCCUAGUUCCCUAGCUGUCAAUCGUAACAGAUCACCUUCUUUAACACAUUCGAAAAACAACACUCUAUCUAAUGGUGGGUCAACUUCUCAUCCUUUGCAUGCUAUUAAAUCUAAUUCUUCAAUAGCAAAUUUAUUGGCACACGCCAACAAUCCUUUUGUAGCAGAAUCUAGUCAAAAACAAAGAGGAGGUAUUGCUGUGGCACCCACUUCGAAACUAAAUAAGGAUAAGAACAGUGAAAGGAAAAUUAAAACUCACCACAUGGAACCUCAUCGUUCUAAAAGUUUUGUUAAUAACAAAAUUUUGAAUACUGAGGAUUUUAGAAAGAAUGACGAAAGGAGCCAUCUGGUGUAUAAUCCAUAUGGUAUUAACAACUCUAGACCUGGUACAGCCUUUGCUGAAGAGAACAGGAAUGAUGGUGAUAAUGAUUUAAGUUUCUAUUUACAUGAUGGUAAUGUAAAGAUAAGAAUGUUACCACUACCAAUCCAAAAUCCUAACGAUUUUUUACCUGAAAGAAUGACACAAUUUAGUAUCCAUUUAACUGAUAAUUUUGUUUUCGAUUCAAAUAACAAAACAAUUGGAUCUGGUGGUUCUAGUGAAGUUAGAAUUGUUAGAUCCGCUUAUAGACAAAAUAGAGUUUAUGCUCUGAAAAAAUUAAAUAUGAUAUAUGAUGAGACUCCUGAUAAAUUUUACAAACGUUGUUCAAAAGAAUUUAUAAUUGCAAAACAUUUAAGCCACAAUGUUCAUAUUAUUAGUACCUAUCUAUUAGUGAAGAUUGCCACUACGACUUACACUACAAGAGGCUGGGGUUUUAUAAUGGAAUUGGGCCAUAAGGAUCUUUUCCAAUUGAUCGAAAGAAGUGGAUGGAGGCAAGUUCCUUUAUCUGAAAAAUACUGUAUUUUUAAACAAAUCGCACAAGGUGUAAAAUAUUGUCACGAUAAUGGGAUUGCACAUCGUGAUUUAAAACCCGAAAAUGUUUUAAUUACAAAAGAUGGUAUUUGUAAAUUGACAGAUUUUGGUAUUUCUGAUUGGUAUCAUGUAGAACCCGAUAAUUUUGAAUCACCAGUGAAGACCUGUCAAGGUAUGAUUGGAUCACCACCUUUCACACCCCCAGAAGUGAUGUAUUUUGAUGCUAAGAAUCAUUACGAUGAAAAAUUACAGAAACCUUAUAACCCGUUAGCAAUGGAUUACUAUGCUUUAGGCAUACUACUAUUUACAUUGAUUAACAACAUCAUACCCUUCAUUGAAUCUUGUAAUCACGAUCCCAGAUUUAGAGAUUUUGAAGCGGCGUAUGAGAAGUUUGUUAAAUACUCAAGUAAGAAUUUCAGGGUGAAAAAUUCGUACAAACCAGGACCAGGAUCUGAGUAUUCACUUUCUAAGAAUUUUAAAAGUGACCUUAAUGCUACAAGAGUUGCAUGGAGACUUGCUGAUCCGAACCCGGAAACCAGAUAUACUAUUGAAGAGUUAUUCAAUGAUCCAUGGUUCCAGAAGAUUGAAACCUGUGUGGACCCUGAUGACGAGUCCUGUAUAAUGCCACCACCUGAUGUAAGAAAGGCAAGCGUUUUGAACAGUAGUAAUGGGGAAAUAGAGUACAAGAUGAACGAUGCAAAUACUUACAAUAUGGACAACGAAAGUGAGACUAACAGUGACGUGUUAUCUAACCAUUUAUCUAUUGGUUCUGAUAAUGCACAAUAUACAAAACCUAGGUCAAUGGUAGAGAUUGCAGAGGCACCAUUGAAAUUGCCGGAACAAUUACAAUCUAAAAGAGAGAAUAAAGCGUCAUUUACGUUAAAUGAAGACACAUCGAAGCACACGUUAGAUUCCCUUUCUGUACAUGAUGACUAUUCUGACGCUUCAGAAUCUAGUGGUGGAUCAAAAAGACAGUCCCUUGCAUCAUCGUCAUCAUCUUCAAAUGGUAAAAAUCAAGAAGAGAGUGUGGAUGCUAUUUUAGAACAUUCUACCCCUCCAACAGCAGAUCAAUCCAGAAAUGAAACCGGCUUACCAGAGCCAUAUGCAGUACAGCCACAUUUGCCUACAGCUUUACUAAAUAGUAAGAAAAGUGCUUCGAACAAUGUAACAGAGAGAAUGACCGAUCUGUCACUGGCUGCCAAGAAAACUUCAGGCUCCUCCAUGAUCACCACAGGUGGUCACACACCCAGAUCUUCCCCUUUGAGGAAGAGAACGGUGGUACACCACCAUCUAGAAGUCCCCUCCAGUGUCGUCCACAUGCCGUCCUCUCAGCCGUUUAUAGUAUCCAGAUAG